ACAAAGUAUAUUCCUAAAGCAAUUUUCAGGAAGGUUUUGAGUGCCAGAGUAAGUCAAAAUAUGCUCACCUUUGAGGUUAUGUUAAUUAUCUGUGGAGUUUUUGUUUUUGUUUUUUUUGUGGAUUGUUAUUUUGCUAUUUAUUACUUUCUAAAGUUAAGCUUUUUUUCUUUCCCUUCAGAGCUUAGUGUUUCUAAAAAUGUAACCUUUUUUUUUCCUUUCUGUUACUUUUCAGGAAAAUAUUUACUUGUCUCUCUGCAGUCUUGAAAUAGAAGCCAAGAGGCAGAAAACAUGUUGGAAACAAUUGAUACACAUCGGGCCCUCCAGGCCAUGGAGCGCUUACAGGCAAAACUUCGUGAUCGAGGUGACAUUGCAAAUGAGGAGAAACUGAGCCUAUUAAAAUCAGUGUUGCAGAGUCCUCUCUUUAAUCAAAUUCUGAGCCUUCAGACUUCUGUUCAACAACUGAGAGAUCAGGUGAAUAUUACACCUUCCAUACAGUCCAGUGGUGAAUUCCCUCAGCUUUUCCAUCAUGGUGUGAAUGUGGCAUCCUUGCCACUUAAUGAGUCGUAUUUGUUGGCUCAGCAGAAUGGCAGCCCAGCUAAUGCAUUAGAAGCAUCAAUGAGAUCCAUUACUCCUCAGAUUAAUGGGAAAUUCUCUAGUGAUGACUUUGAGCAGCUGAUCAGAAACAUGUCCCAGGGUCGUCUUGUUGAGACAAUUGACCUUAUUAAACCUCUAAGUGGUGGUCUAGGCUUCAGUGUUGUGGGACUCAAGAGUGAAAACAGGGGAGAACUAGGAAUAUUUGUGCAAGAAAUCCAGGAGGGAAGUGUGGCACAUAGAGAUGGAAAGCUGAAGGAAGCAGAUCAAAUCCUUGCAAUUAAUGGACAAGCCCUUGAUCAGACAAUUACACAUCAACAGGCUAUCAGCAUUUUGCAGAAAGCAAAAGAUAAUGUCCAGCUAGUUGUGGCUAGAGGCAGUUUUCCUCAGCUCAUCAGUCCUGUAGUUUCCCGGUCUCCAUCUGCUGCUAGCACAAUUUCAGCCCAUUCCAACCCGGUUCACUGGCAGCAUGUGGAGACCAUAGAGUUGGUGAAUGAUGGCUCAGGUCUAGGAUUUGGGAUAGUGGGGGGAAAGUCAACUGGAGUGAUUGUUAAAACCAUCCUCCCAGGAGGGGUGGCUGAUCAGCAUGGAAGAUUGUGUAGUGGAGAUCAUAUCCUGAAAAUUGGAGAUACAGACCUAGCUGGAAUGAGCAGUGAGCAAGUGGCACAAGUUCUAAGGCAGUGUGGAAAUAGAGUGAAACUGGUAAUUGCAAGAGGUCCUGUUGAGGAGCCACUUCUACCAGCAGUUCCUCCAGGUACACCAGUACCUACCUUUGUACCAGCAAAACAGGAUGAUACUUCUAUUGAUAGCUGUGAAGAUGGGGAGAAGUUCAAUGUUGAACUCACUAAAAACAACCAGGGUUUAGGAAUAACUAUUGCUGGUUACAUUGGAGACAAGAUAACAGAACCUUCUGGUAUCUUUGUGAAAAGUAUUACGAAAGGCAGUGCUGUUGAACAUGAUGGCAGAAUCCAUGUGGGAGAUCAAAUUAUAGUUGUGGAUGGAACAAAUCUUCAGGGUUUUACUAAUCAGCAAGCAGUUGAUGUUUUGCGGCACACAGGACAAACAGUUCAGCUCACUUUGAUUCGAAGAGGUCUUAAGCAAGAAAAUCGUAUUCCACCCCAGGAGGACUCCAGUGCUCCUAUUGAAAAGGACUUGCUAUUUGAAACAAUGGAUAGUACCACAGCCAAAGAUAACAGUGAAACAGAACAGGGAUCCCCAUCCCUGCCAUGCAGUGCCAGAGUGGUAAAUAUUGGAGAUGACAUGAAAGAACAGGAAACAGAUUUCCAGCUAACUAGUACAGAAGAAGCGGCUGCAAAGAUAAAAUGGCAGAGGAUUAUGGGUUCGAAUUAUGAAAUAGUGGUGGCUGUGGUUAACAAAUUUAGUGAAAGCAGUGGGUUAGGGAUAAGCCUUGAAGCUACUGUGGGUCAUCAUUUCAUCAGAUCUAUCUUGCCUGAAGGGCCGGUUGGACGAAGUGGCAAGCUGUUCAGUGGAGAUGAGCUGCUGGAAGUGAAUGAGAUAUCUCUGCUUGGAGAAAACCACAAGGAUGUGGUCAGUAUCUUGAAGGAGCUGCCUAUUAAGGUGACAAUGGUGUGCUGUCGUCCGGUAGCUCCAUCUGCCACUCAACCAGAAAUUCUGGAAAGUCUAAGCCUAUCUGAAGUUCAGCUCACAGAAAAGGGUCACAUAGAACUUGGAUUCAUUGGGUCCUCAGACACAGAGGGAACAACUUUGGAAACAGCUGAUGUGGGCCAGAGUAUGGAAGAGGUGCAAAGCUCAUCUCUGGCAAUGUGGGAAACAGAAGUACAGCACAUUGAGCUGGAGAAAGGGAGUAUGGGGCUUGGAUUUAGCAUACUGGACUAUCAGGAUCCUGUUGAUCCAGCAAACACUGUAAUUGUGAUUCGCUCAUUAGUUCCCGGUGGUGUGGCUGAGCAAGAUGGCAGACUUCUUCCUGGAGAUCGGCUUAUGUUUGUCAAUGAUGUCAACUUGGAAAAUGGCAGCCUGGAGGAAGCAGUGCAAGCACUGAAAGGAGCCCCAACAGGAACAGUUAAAAUAGGAGUUGCCAAACCAUUGCCUCUUUCACCUGAGGAGGGCUAUGUCUCUGCUAAGGAAGAUUGCUUUUUCUACACUGCCCAGUCACUUGAGGAGGAGAGGCCAGCUGAUGCAGCCCUCUUCCAUGCUGAGCUGGCUCUGGUGGACUCCGGUGAGGCAGAUCUAGCGGAUGAGUCCACCUUUGAAUCACAGUAUUCGCUAGAGAGAGACAUCUUCCAGGGUUCAGUGACGGCUCUGCAUGACAGUGCCUGUAGCGGUGAGUCUGUUGGAGAGGAAUGCCCAAAUGCUGCAGAUGAUUUCCAUGUAUCUGAGAAGAAUCUGUACAACAUGAAUCUGAAUCAGAGACGGAGAGAUGAAAAGUCUGUAGUGGACAGUAGCCUGGAAGUUGCAAGUGAUUUUACUAAAACAGAUUUUCUGACUCUGGAGGUUUCGGAUACCAACCAAAGUGAAAGUGAAAAUACAACAACAUGGACUGGUUCUCAGACAGCAUCAGAAAUUGUACGAAAUACAAGCCUUGCUACUACCACACAGCUUGAUUCCAGUGAAAAAGAUCAAUUGCUUUUAAUGGAAAAGAGAUGCCCAGUAUCUUUGGAGGGAAGUUCCACACCCCCAGAUUCAGUCAAAAACAUGUAUGAGAAGACUAUCACUAUUGCAAAAGGCAAUUCAAGUCUAGGUAUGACAGUAAGCUCAAAUAAAGAUGGCUUGGGAAUGAUAGUACGCAGUGUUAUCCAUGGAGGCUCAAUAAGUCGUGAUGGACGGAUUGGUGUGGGGGACUGCAUCCUGUCCAUUAAUGAAGAGUCAACCACUAACUUAACCAAUGCACAAGCCCGGGCUAUGCUGAGACGGCAUUCACUCAUUGGACCAGAUAUAAAUAUUACGUAUGUGCCAGCAGAAAAUUUAGACGAGUACAGGGCCAGUUUGGGACAACAGACAGAGGGAGCUGUGCCACUUGAACUUUUUCCUUCAAAUAUUGUCAGGGAACUCCCAGAGCUUCCAGAACGUGAAGAGGGGGAGGGAGAAGAAAGUGAACUUCAAAAUGCAGCUUUCAGUAACUGGAACCAGCCCAGAAAGGUUGAACUCUGGAGAGAGCCUAGCAAGUCAUUGGGGAUCAGCAUUGUUGGAGGACGAGGGAUGGGAAGCCGCCUGAGUAAUGGAGAAGUGAUGAGAGGGAUCUUUAUCAAACACAUCCUGGAAGACAGUCCAGCUGGCAAAAAUGGAACACUGAAAACCGGAGAUCGGAUUGUAGAGGUGGAUGGAAUUGAUCUCAGAGAUGCCAGCCAUGAACAAGCUGUGGAAGCCAUACGGAAGGCAGGCAAUCCUGUAGUCUUUAUGGUACAGAGCAUUAUAAGCAGACCAAGGGCAUUUGGUCAAUCUGAUACAGAACCAGAAAAGACUUCUCUUUGUAAUGUGCCUGUGCCCCCUCCUUCAGCAUUUUCAGGAAUGAGCUGUGAUGUUGCACAGUCAUCUUCUAUCAGACUCCCAGAAGAUGUGGAGAAGGAUGAUGAGUUCGGUUACAGCUGGAAAAAGAUUGUGCAGCGCUAUGGAAAUCUACCAGGGGAGCUACACAUGAUUGAGCUGGAAAAAGGAAAGACGGGUCUGGGACUUAGUCUUGCUGGUAACAAAGACCGAUCCAGGAUGAGUGUCUUUAUAGUGGGAAUUGAUCCAAAUGGAGCAGCUGGAAAAGAUGGCAGGUUACAGAUUGCAGAUGAGUUGCUAGAGAUAAAUGGCCAAAUCCUUUAUGGAAGGACUCAUCAGAAUGCUUCUUCAAUAAUUAAAUGUGCACCAUCUAAAGUUAAAGUAAUCUUUAUUAGAAACAAAGAUGCAGUAAAUCAGAUGGCUGUUUGCCCUGCAAAAUCAGUAGAGGCUUCACAGUGUACUUCAGGGACACUUCAACAUCAAGAGAUUGAUAUCAGUGUUGCAAACCCAUGUGCAUUUUCUGAAUUGAGUUCAUGUAAAAACAUUCAGUAUGUGGAACUUCCUAAGGAUCAUGGAGGUUUUGGAAUUGCCAUUAGUGAAGAAGACACAACUAAUGGAGUAGUUAUUAAAAGCUUAACAGAUCAUGGUGCGGCUGCAAAGGAUGGACGUAUUAAAGUUGGAGACGUGAUUCUGGCAGUGGAUGACGAAAUUGUUGUGGGAUAUCCUGUAGAAAAGUUUAUUAGUCUCCUGAAGACAUCCAGAUCUGUGGUGAGGCUUACAAUCAUCCCAGGAGAGACAGAUAACCUGACUAUAGCACCAGCCCCUCCCAGCACUGUCCCUGCAGAGAAGAGGAACAUGCAACCAGCAGCAGCUGCCCCCACUUCCAGCUCACCAGAACCAGAAGCAGUCAAAAACACAAGCAGGUCUUCAACUCCAGCCAUGUUAACCUCUGACCCAGCUACUUGUCCCAUCAUUCCUGGAUGUGAAACAACCAUUGAUAUCUCCAAAGGGCGGACUGGUCUUGGUCUGAGCAUUGUUGGAGGAGCAGACACUUUGCUGGGAGCAAUCAUUAUCCAUGAAGUAUAUGAAGAAGGAGCAGCAUCUAAAGAUGGACGACUAUGGGCUGGUGAUCAGAUAUUAGAGGUGAAUGGAAUUGACCUUAGGAAUGCCACACAUGAUGAAGCUAUUAAUGUCCUCCGACAGACACCCCAAAAAGUUCGUCUAACUGUGUACAGAGAUGAAGCCCAGUACAAGGAGGAAGACAUGUAUGAUGUGCUGAAUAUAGAGCUCCAGAAGAAGCCUGGUAAAGGCCUUGGGCUGAGUAUUGUUGGGAAAAGAAAUGACACAGGUGUGUUUGUAUCAGACAUCGUCAAAGGAGGAAUAGCAGAUACAGAUGGGAGAUUGAUGCAAGGAGACCAGAUAUUAACAGUGAAUGGAGAAGAUGUCCGAAACGCUAACCAGGAGGCUGUUGCAGCUUUGCUAAAGUGUUCCUUAGGUACAGUAAGACUAGAGGUUGGAAGAAUAAAAGCUGGGCCUUUUCACUCUGAGAGAAGAACAUCCCAAAGCAGCCAGGUCAGUGAGGGAAGUGGCAGUCUCUCAUCGUUCUGUUUCCCAGUUUCUGGGUCUGGUGCACCUGAGGUCUUUGAAAGUGGCUUAAAGAAGAAUACCACAGCUUCUGAAAUACAGGGACUGAGAACAGUUGAAAUAAAAAAGAGCCCUGCAGAUUCACUCGGAGUGAGCAUUGCUGGAGGUGUAGGAAGUCCUCUUGGAGAUGUUCCUAUAUUUAUUGCCAUGAUGCACCCAAAUGGAGUUGCAGCUCAGACUCAGAAAUUAAGAGUUGGGGACAGGAUUGUUAGCAUCUGUGGAACAUCUACUGAAGGCAUGACUCAUUCCCAAGCUGUUAAUAUCUUAAAAAAUGCUUCAGGCACUAUUGAGUUGCAGGUUGUAGCUGGAGGAGAAGUGAGUGUCAUAACUGGUCAGCAGCAGGAUCCGCCUACAUCCAGUCUUUCAUUUGCAGGACUAACUUCAGCUGGCAUUUUUCACGAUGAUUUAGGACCUCCUCAGUACAAGACCAUUACUCUGGACAGAGGACCAGAUGGCCUUGGCUUUAGUAUUGUGGGUGGUUAUGGCAGUCCCCAUGGAGACUUACCCAUAUAUGUGAAGACAGUGUUUGCAAAGGGUGCAGCAGCAGAAGAUGGACGCCUCAAGAGGGGGGAUCAAAUCAUUGCUGUGAAUGGGCAGAGUUUAGAAGGGGUGACUCAUGAGGAAGCAGUUGCUAUUCUGAAAAGGACAAAAGGAACAGUCACUUUGACUGUAUUGUCAUGA